CGUCGCAAUCAGCUGCUCUCGACCAAAUUCAAGCACUCACUAUACUCUCAAUUUGUUCACGGUGUACCACAAGCCGACCACCACGCUCUUUGAGCGCUUGUAUGCCGGCGGGUUUCUAUUCUAACAGCGUCCAUUUCUACCACUCUCCACCGCUAUCUCUCCGUGAACAGCUCGAGACAGUGCGAACACUUCGCCGCCUGUUUUGCAACAGCUCGUCUCACGAAUGCUCCACAAGGCUGAAGGUACAUAUGUCGGCGUCAGCGUUGACCAUCGAACAUACACUUGAAUCUCCUCCUGGACCGGACGACCUGCAUUCUACUAUCUAUCCGAUCUUCCUCACGACGGCAGAACGAUCUCUACGCGCCAUGCCGACGUUCUCGUUUUCAAGCAGCAAUCCUCUCGACUCGGAAUUGCAGCUUGACGAUGGCAGCGCUUCCCUGCGCACCGAGACCAGUCAUACAUGGACUGGCCGCCGCAAGUGCACGGCUAUUGUAGCCGCAGAGAAGCCCGUCGCCUCUGUCCAUUGGCGCAAGAAGACGUUCGAGGUGCAGGGGCAUUCGGUGCGCGUGAGGAGGGCGAAGGUAUCGACCAGUUUCUGGAAGCAGUACGUACGAUAGUAUCCUCCCUUGCUGAACACUGAAUCGAACGAUCCGUUCACAGCAAGCUCGUCUGGAA